AUGGCUGAGGCUCACCAGGCGGUGGGCUUCCAGUUCACUGUGCACCCAGACGGUGUGGACAUUAAGCUGAGUCAAGAGGUCAUCAAAAAUAUCUACCUGUCAGGAGUGACAGUGUGGAAGAAGAGAGCCAUUUUAUUUAAGAAUGGAGUUCUAGCUGGGGUCUACCCUGCCAGCCCGUCCAGCUGGCUGAUAAUUGUCAUUGCCAUGAUGAGCUCCUUGUAUACACACAUGGACUUUUCUCUGGGAAUGAUAUCUGUGAUGAAGGAAAACCUGCCACAUAAAGACGGGAUGUCGAUGCAGACCAGAUCUGUGCUGAGCGCCAUCCUGUUUGCCACUGGACUGUGGACCUUCUUCAUCUACCUCAUGAAAUACUCUCUCAAAGCUCUUCUUUCCUACCAUGGAUGGAUUUUUGAAUCUCAUGGAAAAAUGAGUACAUCAACCAAAGUGUGGCUGAGGCUGGUAAAGAUGUUUUCUGGACGGAGGCCACUGCUCUACAGUUUUCAGGCAGCUUUACCUCGACUCCCUGUGCCCAGUGUGGAUGAUACCAUUCAGAGGUACCUUGAGUCAGUGCACCCUCUGCUGAGCAGUAAACAGUACAACCAGAUGGAAAUAUUGGCUAAUCACUUCAAAGAAACUGAAGCAGCGCAACUCCAGAGAUACCUGAUUUUAAAGUCCUGGUGGGCAACAAAUUACGUGAGUGACUGGUGGGAGGAGUACAUCUACCUGAAGAGCAGGGGUCCAAUCAUGGUCAACAGUAACUUUUACAUAAUGGACCUGUUGUAUGUGACUCCAACACACCGGCAGGCGGCGCGGGCAGGAAAUGUGGUCCAUGCUCUGCUGCAGUACAGACGCAAACUGGAGCGAGGUGAACAUGAACCGCUGAGGGCCUUAGGGACAGUUCCCAUGUGCUCCACUCAGAUGGAGAGGAUGUUCAACACCACCCGCAUCCCAGGAAUAGAAACUGGAAGAUACAGGCACUACAUCUUCUCUUACUUGAAACUGUCUGCAGACAUUGUCCAGCACCUGACAGACCGAAAGCACCUGGUUGUUUACCACAAAGGCCGAUUCUUCCAAGUUUGGCUGUACGCUGGAGGACGCCAUCUUUUACCCAGUGAACUGGAGACACAGUUUCAAAAGAUCCUCAAUGACACAUCAGAACCCCAACCAGGAGAGCUCAAACUGGCUGCGCUGACUGCAGGAGACAGAGUUCCAUGGGCUCGUGCUCGGUUGAAGAAUUUUAGCCACGGAGUAAACAAAGCAUCCCUGGAUUCCAUAGAGUCAGCUGCAUUCUUUCUGACCUUUGAUGAAGAGCCGCAGGGUUAUGACCCAUCAACGACAAACUCACUUGAUAACUACGCCAAGUCCCUGCUGCAUGGGAAAUGUUAUGACAGGUGGUUUGAUAAGUCUUUCACCUUAAUCUCAUAUCCAAAUGGAAAGAUCGGUGUAAACGUAGAGCACUCUUGGGCCGAUGCACCCAUUGUUGGACACAUGUUAGAGUAUGUUCUUGCAACAGACUGCUUUCAGCUUGGCUACACAGAGGAGGGACACUGUAAAGGAGAUGUGAACAGGGGCCUGCCGAAUCCAACUAGACUACAGUGGCAGAUCUCAAAGGAGUGCCAAGAUGUCAUUGAGACUUCGUACUUAUCAGCCAAACAUAUAGCUGAUGAUGUGGACUUUCAUGGCUAUUUGUUUACUGACUUUGGCAAAGGUCUGAUCAAGAAGUGCAGGACGAGCCCUGACGCCUUCAUUCAGCUGGCUCUGCAGCUAGCACAGUUCAGGGACCAGGGAGUGUUCUGUUUGACAUACGAGUCCUCGAUGACUCGUAUGUUCAGAGACGGACGGACAGAGACUGUACGCUCCUGCACCUCAGAGGCUGUUGCAUUUGUUAGAUCAAUGGAGGACGUUAGUGCAACAAAUGCCCAAAGACUCUCACUGUUUCGAAAAGCGGCAGAGAAGCAUCAGAACAUGUAUCGUCUGGCCAUGACUGGUUCUGGUAUCGAUCGUCACCUCUUCUGCCUUUACAUAGUGUCCAAAUACCUUGGUGUUGACUCUCCAUUUCUCAAGAAGGUACUUUCAGAGCCAUGGAAGUUGUCCACAAGUCAGACUCCACAGCAGCAGCUUAACUUAGUUGACAUCAAUAAGUUCCCUAAAUAUGUGGGUGCUGGAGGUGGCUUUGGUCCAGUGGCAGAUGAUGGCUACGGUGUGUCUUACAUCAUUAUCGGGGAAAAUCUCGUCACAUUCCACAUUUCCAGCAAGUUCUCCAGUCCUGACACAAACUCCUGCCGGUUUGGUCAGCACAUUCAAGAGGCCAUGACUGACAUUCAAAAGCUUUUCAAGCUGGAAAAUGAUAAGAAGAUGGAUGAGCGUGUGAAGUGUGUGCAGGUGGUAAAUGGGAAAAAGCACAUGUAAGACAUUGAGGGGAACAUAUUCUUGCCAUCUUUUGUUCAUUAUAAACAAAGCUCUGGUGAAAGUUUGCACUAUCUCCUUUCCUGGUGAGUUUUAUUCCAGAAGCCUGGCAUU